CCGGCCACUUUCCACUAGCCCUAUUCAAUGGCAAUUUUGUAGUUCUAUGCAACAUCGUCGUGACUUUCGCGCCGGUCCUCUAUAAGACUCCUCUCCGCCACCUCUCAUUCCCUCCAAAUUUUUCCAACAGUCGAAGCUUCCAUUUUCUCCCUCUUCAGUGUUCAAUAACUUCCCCGGAAAACACAGAGAGAGAGAGAGAGAGAGAGAGAGAGAGAGAGAGAGAAUGUCUUCGGCCACCGAAGUGGUUAGCAAAUGCAGCAAGAUCCGCCACAUCGUGCGGCUCCGUCAGAUGAUGAUGAGGUGGCGCCGGAAGGCACGGCUCUCAGCCGCUGGCAGGGUCCCUGCUGACGUGCCGGCAGGGCACGUGGCGGUCUGCGUGGGGGACGGUCGGAGGAGGUUCGUGGUUCGUGCAGCGCACCUGAACCACCCAGUGUUCCGGGGCCUACUCAUGCAGGCCGAGGAGGAGUAUGGCUUCACCAACAGCGGCGGCCCACUGGUGAUCCCCUGUGAUGAGACACUAUUCGAGGAUGUUCUCCGGCUCGUCUCCAGAUCAGGGUCGAGUCAGCCGGCCCGGACCGUCGAUGUCAAGGACCUGCAGAGGUACUGCCAUGUUGGCGGCAAGAGUAAUGGGCUCGAUCUUUGGGUUGAAUCUCGGCCGUUGCUUCACGGACCGAUUGGAACAACCGGUUGGUGAAGAGUUGGCACAAUAGAAGGGCUCAUGAACUUAUUAGUCGAUGAUCUUUCUCUGCUUUAAAGGCUAUGCUAGGAAUAUGAAUUUCAUUUUUGAGCCGAAUAUGAGCCCGUCCAUAAGGCAGUCGGCCAAGGUAAUCACGUGUAGGCAUGGCUUCUCGACGAGAACUUGUGGUGAUGGCAGAAGGGCCGUCAAGGGUCGUCCCGAGUUCGAGCCAGAGUUAAGCCAUUGUAAAUUGAGAAUCAUAUACAUGAUCGGGGACAGAAGUAAAAAAAAUUCGAAUUCGAGUAGAGCGAGGCAUAGAAAGGAAAGAGGAACUGAUGAGUGAUUAUUGAGACAUAUUAUUAAAUUUGUUGCAAAGAAUAAAUUCUUAUAUUGACAGUUAGUAAAAUUUGUCGAGAAAUUUUAUA